AUGAGCAAUGAGACAGAACUAGAAUCAGCUUUGUGGUACCACGGAUUAUUGCCACGUGAAGAUAUUGAAAGUUUGCUGGUAAAAGACGGAAAUUUUUUAGUUCGUGAAACGAAGAUUGAAAAGGGCAAACAUGUUCGAUUAGUGUUAUCAGUGCGCUGUGAUGGUAAAAUAUUACAUUUUAUUAUUAAUGAAAAAGCAGGAAAGGUUUACAUUACAAAUCGGCAUUUUUGUUCUGUAGAGGAACUUAUUAGAUAUUAUUCAACUAGUGGAAACCCAAUUACUCAGCAAAGUGGCGCUGUGCUUCUGUACGCUGUUCCUCGACAACACUGGGAAUUUCAGCACGAGCAAAUCAAACUUUAUGAUUUGAUAGGAGAAGGUGCAAUUAGUGCAGUUUACAAAGGUGUAUUAGCAGAUAACAACAAGUUAAAACAGGUAGCAGUGAAAGUAUGUAAAGCUUCAAAAUCAAAUCGUGAAGUUAUAAAAGAAAUUUGCCGUGAAGCUCGGGUGUUGCGUAAACUUUGUCAUCCAAAUAUUGUUCGCUUAUAUGGAAUUGCUAUUAGCAAGGAGCCCAUAAUGCUGCUGUUGGAGUUGCUAGAAGAUGGCAGUUUGGAUAUGCUUCUGUUGACAAAAGGAAUGACAUUGAGUAUUCGUAGAAAGUUAUACUUUUGUUUGGAUAUUGCUUCUGGAUUAGAAUUUUUGCAUGAAAAUAAUUUUAUUCAUCGAGACAUUUCUGCAAGGAAUUGUUUGGUAGAAAAUAUGUGCGUCAAAAUAACGGAUUUUAACUUUUCACGAAUGCUAGAAGACCAAAAAGGUAUCUAUUGUUUGAAGCAAUUGAACCAGAAAUUGCCAGUAAGGUGGUCUGCCCCAGAAACUCUCAAAUUGGCUAUUUAUACCAAAAAAUCCGACGUAUUCAGUUAUGGUAUAAUACUUUGGGAAAUUUUUACAAAUGGCAUGCAACCAUAUUGUGGAAUGACUAUUGCAGAAGUAAAAAAUGGAUACCGAAUACCUUCCCCAGAAAGCAUGCCGAAACGUUUACAAGCGAUACAACAGAACUGCCUGAUAACGAAUGCAUCAGAGCGAUGGUCAAUGGCUGAAAUUCGAAGAGAAGUUGAAAUGAUCUGUUUAAACUUUCAGAACUGACA